AUGCUCUUCUUCAGAUCCUUGAUUACUGUUGGCCCGGUGUUCCUUGCUUGUCUUGUAUCACAGGGAGAGGCGGUGACCAGCAUUGACCCAGAAGCAGCCAGGAAAGCAGAGGAAGAAGCGGAGGAGAGGCGACUGGCGGAGAUCAGGUCCCAUGGAACCAUGAUCACGCCACAGACCUUUGCAGAGUGGAAGGCGCGGUUUGAGGCAGAGAUGGCCCUCAGCAAGACCAAGCUGACAGGAGAGGGCGGUGAGAAAAAGGACAAGGGUCUGACUGGGAAGCAGUUCUUUAGGCAACUAGAAGCCAACAAUGAGCAGGAGGUUGAAGAAGAUCUUGAAAGUGAUCUUGAAAGUGAUGAAGAUGAUGAGUACUUCCCUGGAGGCGAAGACAAGGAAGAUGAGGAGGAAGAAGAAGACGAUGAUGACGACUUCCUAGACGACUAUCUUGCAAAUAAGGGGAAGUGA